GUGUGUGUGUGUGUGUGAGAGAGACAGGAGUUACUUUUAGUCUCUGUAAUGCCACACUGUAUGUAGGAGCUGAAACCACAGAGAAAUUCUGUGUUUGUGUAUUAGUUGUGUACAUUAGCUGUGUGUGUGUGUGUGUGUGUGUGUGUGUAAAAUGUCAGCACUGAACGCUUCCGCAGGGACGGCUGUGUUCUUCUUGUCUCUUUUAUCUGUGCCUUUGUCCUACAGCUUUAACCACCUCAUCACAACGCAAAGUAUUGAGACUGUCCUUAUUGCUGCUGCAUCAGUUGUUGUCAUUUUAUCUCAUUUGGCUCAAGUUCUGCUGAACCGGAAAGCUCCGACUGAUCCCCUGUUCUACGUGUAUGCUCUGUAUGCCUUACUGAGUGUAGUGAACCUAAUAAUAGGCCUGGAGCAGGAUGGCAUCAUCGAUGGGUUCAUGACCUUUUACCUAAAACAGGCGAAUCCUCACAUUAACACGGCUCAUGGUCACAUGAUCUCAUACUGGGACGGCUGUGCUCACUAUCUGAUGUACCUGCUGAUGGUGGCUGCAAUAACAUGGGGGGAAAGUUACAGAGCCAUCGGUCUGUACUGGGUCGGGUCCUUCAUGAUGCAGAUCAUCGUUUACAUUCCAGGCAGUGUGGUGGGGAAAUAUGGUACUCAGCUGAAUGCUCUGUUUCUGCUCCACCUGCUCUAUGUGUGUGUCUCUGUGUGGGCCUGUUUUAGAGUCUUGAACCAGCCUGCAACCCGAGACCAACCACCAACAGAUGUUCAGUGUGAACAGAUGAAGUCACUGCUACAGAGACCCGUGGAUCUGUUCUUCAUGCUCAGCCUCAUCACUGCUAUGAUCUUCUCUGUUCUCCGAGGCCUGGUGGUGCUGGACUGUCCCGCUGAUUGGUGUCGUGAAUAUGUGAUACAUUAUGAACCAUACCUUAAAGACCCCUCGGCGUAUCCAACUGUACAGAUGUUAGUGAACAUGCUCUAUUCCACUCCGUGUCUAAUCAUGAUGAUGUAUGGUCUGUGUAUUCCGGGCUGUGAUUGGCUUCCGGAUCUGAGUCUGGUGCAUGCAGGGGCCAUGGCACAGGCUCAGUUCUGUCACAUCGGAGCAUCACUACACACUCGGACCCCAGUCACCUUCCGCAUUCCAAGCGAGCGACUGCUGUGUUUCUUCACCUUCAACCUGUUCUACGCUUUAGUUCCUCAGGCCCUCAGUUACCGCUGUAUCAGCCGUCCUGCCUUCUUCAUCAGCAAAACCCAACAAAGCCAGGCUGACUGACCCUCCCUACAGCAUACCCACAGAACUAGCCCUUCUACAGCAUCCCCUUAGAACUGACCUUUCCAUAACAUCCCCUCAGGACUGACCCUCCUACAGCGUCCCCACAGAACUGACCCUCCUACAGUGUCCCCUCAGGACUGACCCUCCUACAGCAUCCCCACAGAACUAACCCUCCUACAGUGUCCCCUCAGGACUGACCCUCCUACAGCGUCCCCACAGAACUGACCCUCCUACAGUGUCCCCUCAGGACUGACCCUCCUACAGCGUCCCCACAGAACUGACCCUCCUACAGUGUCCCCUCAGGACUGACCCUCCUACAGCGUCCCCACAGAACUGACCCUUCUACAGCGUCCCCACAGAACUGACCCUCCUAGUGUCCCCUCAGAACUGACCAUCCCUAGAGCACCCCAACAGAACUAACCCUCUUACACCAUUCCCUCAGGACUGACCCUCCUACAGCAUCCCCACAGAACUGACCCUCCCGUAAUAUCCCCUCAGGACUAAAUGGCUAUCUGUCCAUGUUUGUGUGCAAUAUCUACAAUUUUUUUUAAAAAUCUUUCUUGUCACACAAAUGCACGUCAAUUGGUUUCAGAUCUUUUGUAGAUACUCACGAACAUUAGAUAAUGUUGAGACUCUUAAAGGUGACAUUACUAAUCUGAGGAGUUUCAUCAAUGUGAAAUUAUUUCAGUCCACAUAACUCCUGGGAAUUCAUGUUUACAACAUGCACAAAAACAUCA